UAGUAGGACCCGGCGGCGCCGACCCAACCUCGACCCGAUCCACCGUCCGUGAACUGGUCCGGCAACGUUUUGCUAUAAAUACCGAACCGGAAUACCGAACAUUGGCUGAGCACCUUCUGGAAUUUGACUGGAGGCUCGCACGCUCGCACCGGGCCCGGUGCAGUUGCAGCAACCGGAGUAGUUCGUCGGACGAGGAUCCGCUGUAGCCUGCCGGCUGCGUUGAGGAUCCCCAGGGAACUACUACCUGGCACCUACUAUGCGAGGGCUCGAUGACACCCCAGAUAACACCCGACCAGGCUCUCAGCAUGGCGUCCGAACCGGCGUCGUCGCUUUUCCCCAACCGGCCGAUACGACCUUUGCCUAAGCGGCGGCUGAGGGAGCGGUUGUCUCCCGAGGUUGCUGAUUCAAUUCAGUACCCUCCGGUGCCUCAAAACGCCGCGCCUCUAUUCCGAUACCCCUAUCCGCUAAUGGAAGCACACUCUGAUCCCGGCUCCCCGCCAGUCCGCGAAGUGGGGUCGCACUUUGAGCAGCGACAACCGCAGAACAAUGGGGCGGGGACCGAAGAAGAAGAAGGGGACAAUGCCGCGUCUAAGAACGGUGCAACCAGCCGAGCGACUCUGCAGCACGCCAACCUCGUCGCACGCCCGAAAGGCGAGCAGGGUCGGUCUGCAGACUUGCCGCCGCUUCCAUCAACAACAUCUUCUCCGGAAGGGUACGAUCUUUUCGAGAACACUAACAACAAGAAGCGGAAGAUCCCGACGGCCGGCGAUUCUGUUCCUAGCGGUGUCCAUACUGUUCACGACGCUGCCACGGGGACGAGCUCCGGUGCCGCUGGUAUUCAAUCCGUCGAGGGCCAGGGCGAGGCGCUGAACCACACAUCCACGCCUUAUUAUGGCUCCGGAAGCUUUGCAUCGGGCGUCCACAACGUUCCUGGUCCCGGGCGUGGGAGAUAUGGCCGGCCCAGGAACGGCAAAAACCCCCUGCGGCCGCUGUACGACUCGACUAACAGCUGGGCCGGAAGGAUGAACAGGCCGCGCUCGGGUCAAUGGGGUAGUGGACCAAACGAGAGCACGGGGAUCAUCUCGACCGCAAUUGCCAACGCAGAGAAGCUGCCCCCGCAUCAGGGGCAGGAGAACAUCAGUCUCCUGCACCAGCAGUCGGCGGUCAAGCGCAGCCCGGCCUCGGCCCAGUUCACCUUUACAUGUGAUUCCCAGGUACCGGGAUCGCUGGCCUGGCCUGGUUCCGACCAGAGGGUGGCCGUGCAGCCGCAUCAGCAGCCUGCGGCUCGAGCUGCCCAGCCCGCCCAGGCGGGAACCACGCCCUCUGCAUUGCCCCAGGCAGCCGACGCGGCAACGAGGGAGGCGGCGUCUAGAGCCGGGCCCAGCGGAUCAAACCAACAGGCAGCGGCCCCCCCGAAGCCGCCGCGAAGGAGUGCCGAGGAGAGGUACCUGGCGGCGGCGAGGGCGCGUCGGCACGAGACGCAGCUCUACAACAAGCGCCAUCCUCCGAAGCCCGAAGAUGUCUGGAUCUGCCACUUUUGCGAGUACGAAGCCAUCUUCGGAACGCCGCCGAAAGCGCUUGUGCGGCAGUACGAGAUCAAGGAGCGCAAGCAACGGCGCCUGGAAGCGCAGAGGAGAGCGCAGUGGGAGAGAAUGAAGAAGGGAAAGCACAAGAGCAAGAAGAAUAGCAAGCUUCCGGCGAAACACACGGGUGCGGCGCAUGAUGCUCACCACCCCGCGGACGGCCGCGGAGCCCCGGGAGAUCACUACGACCACGGAGCCGACGGCGAGGCAUACUACGAGGACGAGUACUAUGAGGACGAAGAGUACGACCCCGACGAUCCGGGCGACCCCGGCGUUCCGGUGCCGCACGACGGCAAUCCGGGCUCUUCGGGCCGCGGUACUGACCCAUGGAACGGCAAGGACGGAAACGAUGGAACGAAUGGAGAGGCUAGAGGCGGGUCGUAGUCUGAGCCCGUUUCGCCCUCAGACCCCCGUCCACGCUGCAC